GUGGCUUACCAGGCUGGCUGGUCUCUGGUGAAGCGAUUGAAAAUACUCUUUGAACAUUUCUGGGAAGAUUCUUGAAUGUGAAGAAACAACAAAGGCGCAAUCAUGUGGACUUUACCUAAACCUCGGUACACGAAUGGACGAACACCUGAGAAAACUCAGGAGAAUGAACUGUCCGUCAACAUUGGAGGCGUAAGGGUGAUACUAGGUGGAGAAAUGUUAAACCGUUACCCUGAGAGUCGCCUGGCAGAGUUGGCGAACAUCCCCACGCGGAGUUUUGACGUUAUUACUGCUCUUUGCGAUGACUACGACCCGACUACCAAGGAAUUUUACUUUGACAGAGACCCCGAUGCUUUCAAAUGCAUUGUCGAGGUGUAUUAUUUUGACGAGAUUCACAUGAAAAGAGGCAUCUGUCCUAUCUGUUUCAUCAAGGAGAUGGAGUUUUGGAGAAUUGACUUGGACUACUUGGACGAAUGCUGCAAGUACAGUUUAAACGAGAAGGAGGAAGAGUUGGCAGAAAUCGCCGACAAAGUUAAGCUGAUCCUUGAUGACCUGGAGGGGGACCCAGAGUUGAACCGCUCUCAACGCUAUCAAAAGUUCAUCUGGAAACUGAUGGAGAAGCCGGAGUCCUCUUUUCCAGCGCGCGUAAUCGCCAUUGUAUCGUUUUUGUUUAUCCUCGUAUCUUCGGUGGUUAUGUGUUUGGGGACUAUUCCCGAUCUUCAAGUGGAGGACGAAGAGGGAAAUCUCAUUGAGCACCCAACACUGGACCACAUCGAGACGAUGUGCAUUGGCUGGUUUACGGUAGAGUAUGUACUGCGUUUCAUUUCCUCUCCAAAUAAAAUGCGCUUUGCGCUGGCCUUUAUGAACAUCAUUGACUUCUUAGCCAUCAUGCCCUUCUAUGUGGUGCUGGUCCUUACAUCCCUGGGUAACGCAAUGAUGGAGCUCGCCAACGUGCAACAGGCGGUCCAGGCGCUGCGCAUAAUGCGCAUUGCGCGGAUCUUCAAGCUGGCGCGCCAUUCCUCCGGACUGCAGACCCUCACUUAUGCGCUCAAGAGAAGCUUCAAGGAGCUGGGCUUGCUGCUCAUGUACAUGGGGGUGGGCAUCUUCGUGUUCUCCGCUCUGGGAUACACCAUGGAGCAAAGUCACCCGGAGACGCUGUUCAGGAGCAUCCCCCAGUCCUUCUGGUGGGCUAUCAUCACCAUGACGACCGUUGGCUACGGCGACAUCUAUCCCAAGACGACGCUGGGCAGGUGCAACGCGGCCAUCAGCUUCCUCUGCGGAGUCAUAGCCAUCGCAUUGCCAAUCCAUCCCAUCAUCAAUAACUUCGUCAUCUAUUACAACAAGCAGAAGGUGCUGGAGACGGCUGCCAAACACGAACUCGAACUCAUGGAGCUCCAGUCUCUCGAGCUGUCGGCGCGCAAAACGAGGAGGCUGGACGGCGCACCGGAUGACUGCGGGAGUAGCAUUCGCGCCUCGCGCAGCGAUACACACAUUCCGCUGCUGACGGGGGCACACAGAACUCAAAGAACACCUGUCAAAAAGCAGUGCUCGUCGUAGUUGCAGAACACAGUGUUAAAACUUUGAUUAUAUACUCAUAACCCCCCAAAAUACCGUGCGUAUUUUGCUGCGCUUAUUGAUGUGGCUUUUGUCCCAAAGAAGCAAAUAACUGAUCAUAACUGUAUGUUUUGGUGGAUGUCUGUUUCUUUCAUCAGUGCAAAA